CAUAGUACAUACAUCCAGUCUUUUUGCACCGUGUAGCAGCUGGUAUUUCUCUUUCUGCGUAUUUCAAAUCAUGCCAUAUUUCCGAGAUCAGCCACCCCCCUUGCGUGUGCCACCCAAUUCAGAUGGUCGGUACACCUGGCCAGACCCGACUUUACCUGAUACAAAACCGCAGCAGAUUCCGGAUAGGAUCGCAAUUUUUCUGGACAAAGUUCCUAAGCUGGACGGGGUAAUUUCGGGAUAUGUGGAGGUCACCAUGAAUAAGUCCCAUGCUGGUAAAUGGGGAAAAUUGUCAAACUGGAUUUUAACUACCAGUGGUGAAAGAAUGUUUAUUCAUCGAAUUGACCGGAACACUUAAAUCAGCUAAACGUCCUGAAAUUCCCUUACUUUCACACAGACUAGAAAAAAACGGCACAGAAAGGUAUGAUUCAGUUAUGCAACGGGAAGAAAGCUUCAGUUAAAGCGGAUCUUAUGGAUAUUCGGAGGUUUCCAUUUAUCCUCAACCUUAUUAAAGGUCUGGCCCCUACGUUUCGUUCCAACUUAUUCUCCAUCAAGUACAGACUUUUCGUUCUUAUGAAAAAAUAUGGAGAUUAUGUUACCCUACAUGAGAAAAUUUUCAAAUUUCCCGGAAAAUUCGACAUUUGGCCGACCUUUAAUUUCAAAUCGAAAGAAAUCUUCGUUGACGGGGUAUCCUGCACCUUGGAGGUACCACGGGACCAAUUUCUUCUCACUGACAAGAUUCUCUUCACAAUCAAAUUGUAUGACUCAUUGCGCGUUACUGUAGAAAAAGUCGUAGUUUCUUUAAUACAAAAGGCCGAAUUAGGGGAAGAUGAGAAGGAAGAAAACGUCAUUGAUUCGAUUAUGUUUAAAAGAUUUUUCAAAAAACAAAUUUGCCUGAGAACGGGGAGAUUAUGCGGUAAAGUCAAAAUUCCGUCGUACUUGAGGGAGCGCGACCCAUUUGUGAAGAUUAUAUAUGAAAUUGAGGUCCAAACUGUAACCAUGGAUGCUAAAAUCGCCACUGGCAGAAUACCCCUCAUGCUAGGAACACACUCCAAUUGUCCCCUACCAUCUGCCCCAUUCCCAACCCCACAGUUGGAAAAUAUUUCCGAAAACGGUGACGAUUUUAUACCAACUUCAUCCCGAAGAAGAUCCACUCCAUUUUUGUCGCUUCGGUCAUUCUCGUUACUUUCUCUUCUACCACCAUCUUAUUCUCAACUGGGAUCAAGGCGUGCGUCUGUCUCGUCCAUCGCAACUUUGCCUCCACAUUAUGACGACUUACAGCUCGAUAACUAAUCAGUAAUUUGCCUCUCAAAAUGUUGUAAAACAUGUUGCAAAACUCUUCAUGUUAUUCGUAUUCUUGACAUUCUUGACAAUAAAGGAUUCCCAUGAUAAUUCGGACGAGAUGAAAGAUGAA